UUUUGUAGAAGAAGAAAUAAAUGCUACAUUACAUAUUGUUAAAUACAAAACUUAGUGUCAGCUUUGGGUUGUAAGUCACACACGGUACUUUUAUUAUGAGGGCCAUUUGUGGUCUGCAGCUCGAGUUUUGUUGGCCUGCAACAUUCAUGGAAAAAAAAGAUGUAAUCACAAAAAUUUUGAAUUGUUAAAACACUGAUAGUAAUAUAGUGUGUCACUUAUAAGGAGCAGCACGGAGGUCCAGGGGUUAUUGCAUGUACCUCACAAUAUGAAGGUCCUGAGAUCAAACCCGGGCUCGGGAUCUUCCUGUGUGGAGUUUGCAUGUUCUACCCGUAACCGUGUGGGUUCCCUCCCAACGCCAAAGACAUGCACCUGGGGAUAGGUUGAUAGGCAACACUAAAUUGGUCCUAGUGUGUUGGCCCUACGAUGAGGUGGUGACUUGUCCAGAGUGUACUCCCCCUUCCGCCCGAAUGCUGCUGAGAUAGGCUCCAGCACCCCCGCGACCCUAAAAGGGAGAAGCUGUAGACAAUGGAUUGAUGGAUGUCACCUAUAUAAUUUUAUUUCUACAAAAUAAAAUACCAAAAUGGUGACUUCUCAAAGUUUGGAAACUUCUAGUUGUUAGUGUAAAUUAUUUUUCCAUUAUACCACAUCUUCUUGCUUACAUUUUUACGACAACAUGUUGCAGGCCAACAAUACUCCAAAUAGACCCCGUACCUCACUUAGGACACCACUGAUCUAAUCGUUUCACCGAGGGAGGAGGUGGUCCGGGUUUCCCUAAAAGAGUUGUUCAACCAGAUUCCAAGUGUUAAUUUGAAGACUUAAGAACAAGCACAGGUGUGAAACAACAUCCAUUCUGAAGCUCAGAGAGAAAAAGAGAGUGCAUCUGUUUGGGUUGACGUGUGAGGAGCCAUGAUGAAAUGUAUCCAAAAAUUGAAGAAUCCGUUUUUAGAACUUUCAGAAAGGACCUCAUCGGGCAUGCGGCAGGAAUCUUCAGGUGGGAUUUCUCUGACCAGGAAGUUAUGUUUUGCUGCUGGAGGUGUCCCAUAUCAGCUCACCCCUGUGGCCAUUAGUGUCUCACUACAGAUCUUUCUACUGGAGGUUGCACAGUUGGAGGUCUUCUCCACCUCCAUGGUUCUGUUGGUGAGUCGGGUCUGGGAUGCAGUGACUGACCCUCUGGUCGGAUACCUGGUGAGCCGCAGCAGGCGGACACCGAUCGGUAAACUCACUCCAAGGCUCGUUCUUUCCACGCCAUUUGGGGUUCUGUCUUACGUGCUGCUGUGGUUUGUUCCCCAAGUUAAGACGUCUCUUAAGACGACGUGGUUUGUUGCAGCUGCCUGCCUGCUUGAGACCCUCAUGAGUGGCUACAAUGUCCCCUAUCUCUCUUUGAGUAUGUUCCUUGGAGGAGACCAGAGAGAAAGAGACUCUGCCACCGCCUACAGGAUGAGCGUGGAGAUGACGGCGAUGCUGUUAGCAUCCGUCAUCCAGGGUCAGGUCUUGGCGGUGUACCAUGCAGAAAAGCAGGAGGCCUGUGAGCAGCUAGAACAAGAUGGACCCCCAAGCUUGUCUCCACCGCAUGUUGCAUCACUUCAAGCGACGCAAAAGGCUUUCCUGACCUCUGCUGUGGUUAUUGGAGGGCUGUUUUUCAUCUGUAGCCUUGUUCUCUUUUUGGGAGUGAAAGAGCACCAGGGCCCCGUGAGCUCCAGUGACAAAGUACGGCCAUCUUUUACAAACUCAUUGAAGAUGCUGAUCUGUCACAUUGCUUUACGACGUCUGGUGCUCGGAUUUGUGUUCAGCUCUUUUGCAUUUCAGACAUCCUUGGGAAAUUUUGCCCUGUUUUGCAGUCAUGCGGCGAAUCUCGGAGAUCAAUUCCAACACCUACUACUGGUUUUACUGAUUUCUGCAUCAGUAGCAGUUCCUCUAUGGCAAUUGGUUCUCCUCAGAAUUGGAAAAAAGGCCACGGUCUUCAUCGGGUUCUCACUAUUCAUCCCUAGCAUCAAUAUAGUCGCCUGUGUCCCCAGCCACCUCCCUGUUUUCAUGAUAAUGUGCGUCCUGAUGGGAUUCAGUGUGGCGAUGAUAUUUUUGUUACCAUGGUCCAUGCUCCCUGAUGUGGUUGAGGACUUUGCCUUAACGCAUCCCUCCUGUAAAGACCUGGAGCCGCUGUUUUUCUCCUGCUACGCCUUCUGCAAUAAGCUGGCAGGAGGCCUCGCUAUUGGACUCUCCACCAUGACUUUGCAAUUUGUUGGAUACAAGGCCGGCGAGUGUCACCAUAGCCACGGAGUGGUGACAGCUCUAACAGUGCUGUUUUCGCCUGUUCCCAUCGCUCUACUGUUGAUAGGGAUGAUGUUCUUUCACUCCUAUCCAAUCAAUGAGAGGCAAAGUCCGUCAAACAAAGAAGCGGCUACUUCCUAUUUAACAGCUCCAUCUUCAUCAUUACAGCAAAGGGAAAACGCAGAGCAGUUUGCUGGUGUGACAACAAUUUCACAUCUGCUGCACACAUCCAAUUCAUCACAUGCACGUCCAGAUACUCAUGUUAGAUUAUCUGCCAUAUUUAUUGACUCAAGUUGUACAUCGUCAAAGAAGAGAUCCAAAGUCUCUUGGGUGUAGCAAAUGUUUCACUAUCUAGAAUUAGUCUGAUUUCAAGCUUACAUAACAGAAAAUAAAUGGCAGUCAAAAGUUC